AUGAAUUCCUUUGGAAUUAUGUUGGCGGCAGGGCGGCCGUUGAUGAAAGAAUGCAAUGUGACGAUGGAGAUGUUUGUUCAGGAGCCGGAUGAUUACGUACAAGACCAGCGGCUUCCUGAAGAAAUUCUUAACUUAACUGCGUACCAAGCGCUGGAGGCCAUUACUAACCCACUUCACGAAGGUGUGUUCUCUCUCGGGCAACGUAGGGACUAUGAACGAAAAGGAUACGAUCACUCCUCUUGCAAGGGGAAAACCAAACGGAGUACUCACGCAGGUACUGACAGAAGCGAGGCGGGAGGCAGAGGAAAGGCUAAGACGAACGCAAGAAAUGAAAUUUACCAUUUCCACUAA